AAACAACUAUCAUAAUUCACAGGCUCACAGCAUUAGCGAGUAACGUUUGUAAAUUGUAAUUUAUAUUUUGUUUUUGUUUGACGUAGGAAACUAAUGACUUUACGAAAACACGCUAAAUUGAAGUAAAAUAUUUAAGUGAAAUUUAUUAGUUGUGGGUACGUACUACGUUUUAUAAUGGCUGACGUUUUAGACUUAAACGCUGAAGACUUUGUGGAAGAAGAUGACGAGGGAGUUUCUAAGCUUAAAGAAAAAGCUAGAAGAAGAAAAGGACGUGGUUUUGAAGAAAAAUCUAAAAGAGAUAAUAUCAAAGAUGAAGCCAUGGAAUUUGAUUCUGUCGAUCAAGCUGAUGAUGAUGGACCUGGACCACAAAGAUCUGUUGAAGGCUGGAUAUUGUUUAUUUCUUCUUUACAUGAAGAAGCCCAAGAAGAUGAUUUGCAUGAUAAAUUUGCAGAGUUUGGAAAAAUUAAAAACUUGCAUUUAAAUUUGGACCGUAGAACUGGUUUUUUAAAAGGUUAUGCUUUAGUCGAAUAUGAAUCGUAUAAAGAAGCGUUUCGAGCACGUGAAGGACUGAAUAAUACAGAUAUUUUGGGACAACAAAUUAGUGUAGAUUGGUGCUUUGUAAAAGGACCAAAAAGGAUAAAGAAACCAAGACRCCGAAUGACUGAUUAUUAAAGUAUUAAAAUUUCAGAUAUAUGAACAAAAUUUCAAUAUAACUAAGUUCUAUUUUCAUAACUAUUCUCUAUUAACAGUAAUAUUUUAAGUAUUAAAAUUAAAAAAUACAUUUUCUAAAGUCAAAAGUUAAAACAUUUCAAUUACUAAUUUUAWGACACUCUGAAGGUUAAUUUUUUCUUUUGUUCCUAAUAUUAUGUUUAUAAAAUACUAAAUAAAUAAAUCAACUAUAGC